AUGAAGAAGUUUCAAAAACGGAGGGCGAUAGUCAGAGCUAAUAGGGAAGCAAAUGCACAGACUCAGGAAACAGUCAAUAAGCCACCUUGGGAAGAGGAACUAGAUAGACAACUGACCGAUUUCCAUAUGUUAGCCACUACAGCAGUAGACGCUAACCUAAACCAAAUAGCUGAACCACCACUGUUACCUUUAUUCCCAGACCAACAAAUGCUAGAACCCAACCAAUUCCCGAUACGUGCAUUUGACCCCAACAAGUUACCUAGAAUUCCAACCCCACAACCUUUAGAAUAUGAUCCAUGGUUUGACGACAAUAGGUUGUACUCGGCCCUAUAUAAUCCCAAAGAGCCAAUGCCUUUAGAACGUGAUCUGUGGUGGGAUGAAGAUAGAACAUUUUUCAAAAUGAAUAGCGCCGACCCUUACAAGGAACCCAUACCUCAGAACCCUGACCCAUUAAACCCACCAAUGAGUCGAGAAUGUAUGCAGGAACUCUGUCAGUAUGGAGAAAAUUUAGUGAAUGAAGGAAAUAGAAUCCGACAGAUAGGGGAAAAAUUUGUUUGGAAGUAUGACGAGAAUGAAAUGCAGUACUGGAGGAGCGUAUUCUCAGUUCAUGUGUUCUCGUUUUCGAAGAGGGAUACGGUGAACAUUGGAGCCAUUAUGACCAUGAAUACCGUCAAUGGGAAGGUCUCAACCAUUGCCAUGAAGGCAGCUGUGGAUGAUGUUAACUCCAAUCCCAACGUUUUGCCUGGAAAAAGAUUGAGUCUUUCCAUUCAUGAUGCGAACCACAGUGGCUUUCUCGGUAUUGCUGGUGCAUUGAAGUACAUGAAUGCUGAUAUCGUGGCUGUCAUUGGUCCAUACGGUUCUAUGAUGGCUCAUGCACUUUCAAAUGUUGCAAGUGAACUCCAUGUCCCUUUUUUAUCCUUCACAGCAUUAGACCCCUCACUUUCACCUCUUCAAUACCCUUAUUUCAUCCAAACAGCCCCGAACGAUCUUUAUCUGAUGACCGCCAUUUCUGAAAUUAUAAGUUAUUUCAGUUAUCGAGAAGUAACUGCCAUAUACACAGAUGAUGAACAAUUUAGGAACAGUAUAUACACAUUAGGUGAUCAACUAUGGGAGAAACGUUGUAAGCUUUCUUACAAAGCACCAUUGCCACCCGACUCUUCAUUAACUCCACAAGAUAUUCAUAAUGUGUUGGUCAACGUUCGAUCAAUGGAACCCCGUGUUAUUGUUGUACAUACUUACUCUCCAACGGGCCUUUCUGUUUUUGAAACUGCUAAAAGGCUUGGCAUGAUGAAGAAAGGAUAUAUUUGGAUUGCAACCACUUGGCUAGCAACUGUUUUGGAUUCUGCUGGUAAUUCUUCUAAAAAUGCAUCUGUUUUACAAGGGGUUCUCACACUUCGGCCCCACAUACCAGAUUCUAAUAAAAAACGGGAUUUUGAAAGACGGUGGAAGAAUUUGAGUAAUGGGUCGAUCGGAUUGACCUCGUAUGGUUUAUAUGCUUACGAUACAGUUUGGAUGAUUGCACGCGCCCUUGACAAGUUUUUUAAUAAAGGCAGAAAAGUUUCUUUCUCUAAUUAUUCUCCUCUAACUGGUUUAAAGGGAACAAAAAGUUUGAAUCUUGGAGGACUUAGUAUUUUUGAUGGAGGAAAACAACUGCUUACAAACUUAUUGCAAACAAAUAUGAGUGGUCUCACCGGCCUGGUUGGGUUUAAUCCUGACCGGUCUGUGAUCCACCCUUCUUUUGAUAUAAUUAAUAUGGUUGGGGGCCAGAGUUGGCUUCUUGGAUACUGGUCGAACCACUCUGGGCUAUCGGUUCAGCCUCCAGAGACUCUUUAUGCAAAACGAUCAAACCGUUCUUCUAAUCAAGAUUUAAGAAGUGUGGUAUGGCCUGGGAACACAACAGAAAAGCCCCGUGGAUGGGAAUUUUCAAAUAAUGGGAAACCAUUAAGGAUUGGCGUUCCAGUCAGUGCUGGUUUUAAAGAAGUUGGUAUACAGGUCAGCGCUUCAAAUGAAAUUCAUGGCUUUAGCAUAGAUGUUUUUCUUGCUGCACGAAAGUUGAUUCCAUAUCCAGUUCCUUAUGAGUUUGUCGUAUUUGGGGAUGGUCACACGAACCACAGCUACACCGAGCUUGUAAAUAAAGUUGCACACAACGUGUUUGAUGUUGCUGUUGGUGAUAUUUCAAUCAUCACUAACCGUACAAAGGUGGUUGACUUCACACAGCCAUAUAUAGAAUCGGGUUUAGUUGUAGUGGUUCCUAUAAAGAAACUAGACUCGAGUGCUUGGGUUUUCUUGCAUCCGUUUACUCCACAACUGUGGAUCGUCACCACGGUUUUCUUUGUCAUGGUUGGAAUUGUUGUGUGGAUACUGGAACACGGGUGGAACGACGAAUUUAGGGGCCCACCAAAGAAACAAUUAGUCACCAUCUUCUGGUUCACUUCAUCAACUUUGUUUUUCGCACAUAAAGAAAGCAUAGUGAGCAGCCUUGGUCGACUGGUUCUCAGCAUCUGGCUUUUUGUAGUUCUGAUCGUCACCUCAAGUUACACCGCUAGCCUUUCAUCCAUUUUAACUGUUCAACAACUUUCAUCUCCAAUCCAAGGAAUUGAUUCACUGAUCUUGACCAAUGAACGAAUCGGGUUUCAAGUAGGAUCAUUUGCUGAGAAUUAUAUGAUGGAAGAACUCAACAUUCCAAGAUCAAGACUUAUGGCUCUUGGUUCCCCACAAGAAUAUGCUGAGAAACUCAGGGCAGGAAUAGUUGCAGCUAUUGUGGAUGAAAGGCCCUACAUUGAUCUUCUCCUUGCAGAUAACUGUGGGUUUCAAGUUGUUGGUGAAGAGUUCACUAAAAGUAGUUGGGGAUUUGCAUUUCCAAGGGACUCCAAGUUAGCUAUUGACAUGUCAACUGCCAUACUAAAAUUAUCCGACAAUGGUGAGCUUGAAAAGAUUCAUGACUAUUGGCUCAAGAGAAAAACUUGCAACCCACAAAAUUUGGACUCGGAACAAAUUCAACUAAAAAGCUUUUGUGGACCGUUUCUCAUCUUUGGAGUUGUUUGUGCUCUGGCCCUCCUUAUAUACUUUUGCAUGAUCCUUCAUAAGUUCAAAAAACACUAUUUGGAACUCCAGAACCAGUCUUUAAGAAGCGGGUCCCAUGUGGUGCGUAGGUUUUUAUUAUUUGUAGAUGAGAAAGAAAUGACAUCAAAGAACACGCUAAAGAGAAAGAGGGAGAGGUCCAUAUAUAAGGUCAAACCGAAUUCAAGCCGAGUUAGAUGAAGAGUAAAAUGUGAAUAAGUGAUCGAACCCAAAUGUCUAUUGCUGGUAUAUCUUAUAGCCUUAACAUAAACAAAUCAUAGUUGGUGUAAUUUGCUAACUUGCAUGAUAAUUGUGUGUAUAA